AACAUAAAUUUUUUAAAACAGUAAGUUUUUUCAUCGUCAUCACAAAUAUUAGUAAACACUGAUCUCCAAAUCAUACAGUGAAAUAAAAAAAGUUGUGUUAUUUUUGUCACAAUGAUUGGAUUAGGACCAACCUAAACCCUGGGAUAUGUGUGGGCCAAUAUCAGAAAGUAUUUCCUGAGGCUUAUAUAUGUGCUCUGUUUUGGUCGAUCAAUAAUUCGUACCAAUAAAGGAUAAGCGUUAUAUUCAUAGGAAACGUUUAUAAGUUAUGUUCUCUAUGGAAAUUGUAUGUUAAAACGCUGAUCGAGACUAACCAAUCAGAAACUAACCAAUCAGAGUUACGAUGCAAUCGGAGGACCUUGUCGCCGUGUGGAACGUCGCGCUAAGCGACGGUAUUCAUCGCGUCGAAUUUGAACACGGAACGACGACGGGGAAGAGAAUUUUAAGAGUUGACGGAAAAGAAAUUCACCGAGAGAAUUGGAUGUUUAAAUUAGUUGGGACCGAGGCCUUCAAAGUCGGCGGGAAGCGGUGUUGCGUCCAUAUCGAUGCGAUUGGCGGAUUCGCCUACGAGUAUCGGUUGGACGUCGAAGGAAAACCGCUGGAGAAAUUCACGGAGAAUAUAAAGAAAGUUGUGAAGACUUGGAAUGUGGUUCUAAACGGGACUCCAUAUAGGAUAUGUUUUGAAAAGGACACAGUCACAGUUCAUGUAAACGGGCAGAUAGUAGAGACAUGUGAGGAAUUUGUCGACGAGGGGGCGGAGACGAAUUUCGAAAUACCUGGAGCGAGCAAUCACAACGCGAAGAUAAUCGCUGUGAGCAGCGGGAGGCAGUCGCAGGGAAUCGUACACACGCUGAUUAUCAACGACGAGGUUGUACCGGAAUCAAUCAAUUCAUGAAUUGUGGGAACGCGAAGGAAAUGGACAACAUGUUAAUUGUUGCGUGGCAGAAUGAGUAGAUUUCAUCAAAGAGGCCGCAGCUUCGGCCUGAUUUUCUUAAUGAUAUGUUAAAGGGACAUUAUAGGCACCAGCUAGGUAGGCAAGAUAAAGUUACACAAUGUUGCCAAUAGGGUUCUCUCCCAUCUCACAUUACGUCAAAAUGAUUCAUGCUUGUAUAAGGAAUAUAUUUAGUGCUGAAUCUGACAUGACCUAGGGCCCUUACUGUGUAUAUUAGUCACCAGAAGGUGGCCAAUUUAACCCCGCUGCUCCUGCCUAUAGUCCCCCUUUAACUGUGAUGUGUCGAAGUUAGAACUGAACCGUUAUAUUUUUGCGGAUUUCUUGAAAAAAGUCGCUUUCCGAAAAUACUUUUAUCUAUUGUCAGUAAAAUAAAAGGAAAUAACAUUAUUCGCCUUGAUAAAGUACAGAGGUGCAAAAUUUUGCUGUUUUCAGUACUGGUAGUUUAUUCUCUCAGGUCAAGGUCAUCUGGUUGGACUUCUGCCGUUUUGGCCAGAAAUAUGAUAUGCAGGUUAGAAAAUUACUACUUAGAUCAUGUUAGAAGUAUUGGGAGUUACUAUUGGCCAGUACUUAUGUAGAGUGUAUUGAGUUCACGGAGAGAGGUUGGUUUGGGAUGCAUCUGGAAAUGUCCACAAACAUGGCCGCUAUUAUUCGUCAGUACUUUUAAUAAUGCACAACAGUAAACCAGGCAAUUUUCACAUUGCCUGAAGUUGAUGAACUUGCUCAUAGUUAACGAACAAUGUAGGCUAUUUAACUAAGCUAUAUGAACAUAUGGAUAACUCCAUCAUGUCCAUAUAUGCCCCAAAUGUGACCCAAAUGAUGGAUCCCAAAUAGAUAGGUGAUGUACAUGUACAUGUACAAGCAUUUGUCUUCAAAUGUUUAAUAUGUAAAUAUAUUAUUAAUCUAUUUAUUUCAACGCAAGUUGUACAGUAUGUAAAAAGCUCAUAUAUGCCAGAGGAAGGUUACAAUGUACAUCCCAGUGUAUUUGCCCCUGAAAUUUGAGGACAUAAAAUAAUUCUCAUUUGCGGGUAUGAUGUAAUGUUUCCUUCCUCUGUGAUUUACAAUAACAGGCAGAUAAUAGGCUCGGAAAUACGCACGUUUUUGCGUUAAAUAUUGAGUACCGUAAACACGCUUGUCCCGCCAUCUUUGUAGUUUCAUGUCACAUGUACUGAUUUAGAUAUGAUUAUAUUUUUAUAUGGAGCACCUGAGUACCGACAUGUACAGUUACUUCUUGUGAAGAGCAAUCCUUAUGUAUGAAAAUCAUCUUCUGCAAAUAUGUAUGAUUCAGCCUGACUCAAACUUUAACUCUUCUCGUGUUAGUCUAGAUAAAUUCGUAUAAUUUUCCAAUUCCGUGCAACAAUUUUUGUUUCGAUCUUAAGAUUUCUGUUACAUUCCUACGGUAUGAGGUUGAGGCUGUCUGUGUGUGAAGUUAAUUUACCAUUUUCAAUAACUGCUCUGUGGCCUAUUGAAUGCCAAUCAGGAGCCAUGGCUUCAUCUGCCAUGCCGCACAAUUAUUGCAGCUGUCUUCUGAUUGGCCAAUACCUCAAGGCCAAAUCGCUGAUUUUGAAAUUUGGCUUUCAGCACCGGCCAGUUGAGUUCAAAUUGAUGGGUUUUUCCCACAUUUUAUACAUCAUUAUCAUUCCUGUAUAAUUCUCCGAAUAGUCCGUCCAGAGGUUGAGCUGGGGGUAAAAUUGGUAGUCUUGAGAGGUGGGCCUCAAGAUAAAUACUGGGCCGUCAAUUUGACAUUCAUAGAAUUCCUUUAUAGUAGAUGAUUACCGGUGGCUCCUUUGGGUCACCUUGUGUUGAUGUAAUGUAUGGUUUGGUUUUCACAAUGUGUGCAUAAUCACAUCCUUGGAUACCAGGGUCAGUCGUGAGCUCCUCCUCCUAUGAAGCUUGGUCAUAAGUGCCGAGUUCAGGAUGACAGAGUCAUGGAUUUGCACCCAUCACUUACGUGUUUGAUUUGUGUGAUAAACUGUUUUUUCAAAUCCAUUUGUUUUCCCCGUUUCCCUAUGUAGACUCUUCUCAUCAAUACAAUAGAAAAGUCCAUUCAAGGAUGUGGGGGUGUAAAGGUUCUCUAAACUAGACAUGGCAUAUCUAUAGCAAGAUGGGAGUCAGGACAGUAUGCAGUUUCUCCAUUCUCCCUAGAUUUUAGUUCGUUUUUUUCUAAUAAACUAUUACACUAAAAUGUCUCAUUUUGGAAUAUCAGACAUUUUCCAAUGCUGAUGUUACAGUUAGUUGCCUAUCACUGUCUUUGUCGACAUAAUAAAUAUUUAAAUCUUUU